GGUGAAAGGACACAUGUCAAUUGAUUAGGUGUAUGGUGAGCAUACAUUAUAGUCAUGGUGGUGAGCAAAAAUGCUUCCUUUUAUUAAAAUUUAGGUUUCAUUGUUUUAACUUUUAAGGAAUUAUGUUGACAUAACUCUGAUUGGGUUUUGAUGUGAUAAGAUUUCUAUCCUAGUUUAGCCUUCCUGUAUUGUUAUAUAUACCCCCCAUAUUCUAUAAGCUAACCACAAAAUACCGGAGUCCUAAGGUGUACCCUAUUUUCUGUGCGCACCAGAAAAAUAAAAGAUGAAGAAUAAUUCGAACUCUCCUUCAAGAAAAACACUGAUAUUUCUCAUUCAAAUUGUUUGUCUAGUUGUCUUUCUUCCAACUAGCCACUGCAACAAGCUGACGGUCUUCUUUCCAAUGGAUGCCAAUCUGAUCGCACAAACAUGCAACCAAACACCAUAUCCCGAUCUUUGCGUCUCUACACUUCAAUCAGACCCUCGAAGCGCCAAAGCAGAUGUCAAAGGCUUAGGCAUCAUAAUGGUUGAUGCAGUUAGGGCUAAGGCACACGAAGCUAAUCUCCGAGUCGAGGAGCUGAUCGAUAGAGAGCCGGGAAAUACACCCGCAAGAAAUUGCGGAUUUAACUACGACGAUAUUUUUCAACUUGAUAUUCCUCAAGCCGUUGAAGCUUUCCCUAAAGAUGAUUACAAGUCAGUAGAGCUAGGCAUGACUAAUGUCGUCGCAAACGCAGAUUCAUGCGAAAGAGGUUUUUCCGGCGGCAGUCCUUUCAAAGACAAAAGCCAAGCUCUCCAUGAUGUCGCUUAUGUGGCUGCAGCAAUUGCCAAAGUAUUGCGCUCCUGAUGUAUUCUUCUCUUAUCAUAAGAGAAUAAUAAAUUUGAUAUAAUAAUCAAGGAUUGCAUUUCUUGUUAACUACUUCUAAUUUGAUAGCGUCAAUUAUUUGAUCUAUGUGGUCAUUUCAAUAA